AUGUCCAGCGACGAGGAGGAGGAGGAGUUGAAUGACCGAAAUAGCCAUUAUGGCUCGUCAUUGCCAGUGCCUUCCAAACAGAGUCAACAGCCACACAUCUCAGCUCUUUCCGCCCGUAGACCUUCCACUGAGUAUCAUGACACAACCUCAGCUGUGAGAUCUUUGGUGACAAGACAGCAAGUGCCAGACUAUAGUAUGGGGUCAACGGUGCAGGCAGGGACACAGAUGGCGACACCGUCGGGGCCAGCUAUGACAGUGAGGUCAGAGGAGCCGCAGUGUGGGGCGAGGGAAGGACAGCCAUGGGGCGACAACCCACCGGGGGCAACCAAGCUCCUCCGACAUCGAACAACACACCAGUCGUCUCCAGACAGCUCCCUCCAAAAGUCUACGGUCCUCUUGGAUUCAGACCUAUCAACUUUUCCCUUAACAGACCCAGAGCUGUUCCGUCCACCUGAGCCCUCACCUGGCGGACUUGCUGCCAAAGAACAGCCAAGUGCAUGACCAGACCUUGUGUCCAGUCGACAGUCGCCGGCACAGUACUACAUCUCGUGUCCUGUCGACUGAAUAAGGGAACAAACAAACAAUAUAAAAAGGUCUGAUAGUCUUUUUACACUAAGCCCUAUACAGUAUACUGUGAAUGUACAGAGACUAUUUUUAAUGCUUAUAUUUAUAUUCGGGAAUAUAUAUAAUAAAAUAUGGUUUAUAUUAUGGCUUUGUGUACAAAAAUAAACGACUCUAAAGUAUGUC